CACACUGUCGUUGUCAAAUGACAUUAACCAAGGAUCUUUGAAGACAUUUUCAAUACAACAGCGCAAUAAGUAAACGGUAAAAAUGGAUGAAACGCAGAUCAUAGCAAUAAUGCAUACACCGCAAUGGUCUGGAAUUUUGGCAAGAUUGUUGACUAUGACCAUAAUGCGUCGCCGACGUAUACUUCGAUCCAUUAGGCGCUGGUGGAUGAGGCCUAUAAUGGUUCAAAGAAAUGAAGCAGGAGUCAGAUUAUUGAACACUUUAAUGGAGGAGGAAUCCAAUUUUGCAACACUAAACUUGCUAAGAAUGACGAAGCAAGACUUCGACCUUCUGCUUUCAUGGACCGAACCCAUAAUUCGUAUGCAGGAUACAAAUAUGAGAUUGGCUAUUACUCCUAAAGAAAGGCUCUUAAUAACUUUAAGAUACCUUGCGACAGGUGAUAGCUUUGCAAGUCUUCAUUAUUUGUUCCAGGUGUCUGUUAGAUCAAUUAGUCGUAUUAUUCAUCAAGUAUGUAAGGCCAUUAUAACUGCACUUAGCGAAUUUGUUCAGAUUCCAUCUACACCGGAAGAAUGGAUGCAAAUUUCUGAUGAAUUUGAAGAAAAAUGGGGGUUUCCACAUGUUAUUGGGGCGAUGGAUGGACGACACAUAGAAAUUAGAAAGCCACGUAACAGUGGAAGUGAAUACUAUAACUACAAGGGUUUCCACAGUAUUGUGCUAUUAGCAAUUGUAGAUGCUAAUUACAAUUUUUUAUAUGCAGAUGUAGGAUGUCAAGGUCGUAUAUCUGACGGUGGUGUUUUUAAAAAUUGUGCUAUAUAUCCCCAAUUCGAAAAUAAUAUUUUGAAUCUCCCCGAGCCUCAAAUUUUAAGUACGCCUUAUGCGAAAAAAAUGCCUUAUGUUCUACUUGGAGACAAAGCAUUUGCUUUAAGCAAAUAUUGUUUACGACCCUUCAGUGGCACUCCUCCCAGCUGUCCAAUCCAACGAAAUUUUAAUGUGUGCCACUCAAGAUCUAGGGCAAUCGUGGAAAACACUUUUGGCAUUCACAACAGUCGAUUUCGAGUUCUAGAUAAAUGUAUACCUUUGGAACCAACCCAUGUAAAGGAAAUAGUUCUCGCUACUGUAUAUUUGCACAAUUUUAUUCGAGCUAGUCAUUCGGGAGACUUAUACCUCGCACAAGGAACAGAUGCACAAAAUAAUGGCGGGACAAUUAACGGAUCUUUGCGCUCCGAAUCAAAUUCAGCACCACCCAUAACUAGAUUAGCAGGUAUUAGAAUAAGACCUUCAAACGAACUCAAUGAUAUGAGGAUGCAAUUUGCAAACUAUCUGUUUAAUCAUUAAAAAACUAUGUUUUCAUUUUGUUAGUUUAGAUGAUUAUGUAUAAAUGUUUGAAUUAGAGUAAUGCAUGUACAUAUUGACACUUGAAUGUAAACGGAAUAAAAAAUGAACUACUACAUAAGAGGAGUACAAUAUUUUGAAGAUGGAUUUAUCUAGAUUACUAAUAAAAAAUACGAAAACAAAAGUUAAUCAUUCACAUUUUCUACACUAUCUACUACAACUAAAUACAG